CUGUCACACGCAGUGACGCACAUCCUGCGCAUUUCAACACACAGAUGCUAAUCCUGGGCUAAAGCUCCACUGGUAGCCGUUGUGUCGUAGAUUGUCGUCUUGAGGGUUUAAACCUGUGGAAAAACAGUCCUGGCCCGUUCGGAAGAACUCGUUCCAUUUUUCUCGUAUUUGUCUGGGAUGUAUGGAUGGAUAGUUGACGGAAUCUCGUCUCUGUUUGAGCCCGUUACCGGGCAAAACCACGCCGAGUGGCCUGCGAAUAGAAGGGCCAGUGGGGAAGGAUCGCGGCGGCAGGACAGCCACGGAAGACCGAGUAAACGGAACUACAAAAGUGUGCAUGUUGCCGAUGGUGUUUGUCAAAGUGACCCAGUGGCGGCAAAACGACGCAAACGUGAUGUUGUAAUCAGCUUUGUGAAGAAGACGGUGGCAGGCAUAGCAGGUCUAGUGAGCCUUCGGAGACCGCUGCCAGCAAGGUGUCAAAAUCCAAACAAGCAUGACGAAACACAGCCCGUUACUCUAAUGGGCAUAGAUGAGCUUCACACUUCAUGGCUCAAUGGGACUGACUGGAAAAUGGAUAAAUCUGUAGGUGGGGUGAAUGACAGGAGUUCAAAGAAUCCCUUUCAAAGCUCUUUACCCCCUUUAAGAAAAUACAGUGGAGCAACGCUCCCUGCUGGGCUCCCAGAAAGAGGGAAGAACUGGGAGAGAAGAGGCUCCCUUCAACUGCUGCCUUCAAGGCCUGCUAUCAGAGUGGGAACACCUUGUCCUGAACCGAUUUCUAAUGGCUACGGACACCUCCGCUGCCCUAAACCCAGUCUUACUGUGGAAGAGGCCAUAAAGCAGAACAAUAAGGAGCACUACAGACGCCUACUGGAGAUGGUGACGGAGAAAUACAGCAAAAGCCAACCACUACCUUUCAACCAAUCUAAACCGCAUGACGAGUCAUUGUUACAAAGCUCCCACAAAACAUCUGCUUCAGAGAGAACCUUUGAUUCAGUCUCCAGGAGGGUGGUGUGCACAGCUACACCAACUGUGUUUACAUACAGAAAUACUACUGCAACUAAGGACAGGUGGGGAGGUUUAUCUUUUAAUAAGUCAUACAGUGAAACUCUUGAGGAAAAACAGCCUGUUAGAUAUGCAAAGCAAAAAGCAGCAGCCAAUGUGGACCUUUCCACAGAAGUCGCUACUCGCCUUAAUCUCGUGGACAGAGAUGCUUCUGCGUUCAGCGCCACUGAAACUCAGCCUUCCUAUGUUUCACUUAUAAAGCACAGUGAUGAGGACAUACCCAGGCUGACCAAGGAAAUGGCAGUGGAGGUUAGUGAAGCUUUGGCUCAGAGAGAUCCUAACCUUGUUUUAAGCUCAGCUUUCAAGCUUCGCAUCACGCGGCGAGACCUGUCCACUCUACUGGAAGGUGGAUGGCUCAAUGAUGAGGUGAUGAACUUCUACCUUUCCCUCGUCAUGGAGCGACGUGGAGAAAGUGGAAGAUUAAAGGUCUACAGUUUUAGCACCUUUUUUUACCCAAAGCUGCGGGGUGUUGUGGGAGGAGAACAGGGUGGAGGACAUGUGGCUGUGAAGCGAUGGACCAAGGCGGUUGACCUCUUUAUGUUUGACCUCAUCCUCGUCCCGCUGCAUCUUGGUGUCCAUUGGGCAUUAGCUGUGAUGGAUUUAAAGUCAAAGACUGUCAAAUCAUAUGACUCAAUGGGUCGGAGACACGAUGACAUCUGUAAUCUUUUACUACUCUACCUUAAAGAAGAGCACAAAGCAAAGAAAGGAAGGGAGCUUGAAUGUGGCAAAUGGACUGUUGGAAGUCUGAAGGCUGGUGACAUUCCCCAACAGACUAAUGGAAGUGACUGUGGUGUUUUUGUCUGUAAAUAUGCUGACUAUAUAGCAAAGGGAAAGCCUCUCACCUUUAAACAGUGCCACAUGCCUCUCUUCAGGAAGUUAAUGAUGUGGGAAAUCCUUAAUCAGAAGCUGCUAUAGAAGAUUACACCAUCAGAAGCAACAACGGCAACUUUGUUUUGGUUUUGCAAACAAAUGUUGGACCGAAGUAUAACCCAGAUAUUUGGAGUAAUAAAAUACUAGUCUUAACUUUGUCUCUUUUUCUCCCAAAGGGGAAUAAAAACCGUUUUUGAUCUCUGAGUUCUAAUUGGAGAUGUUUUGCUGAAGGAAAUUUGUUGUGCACAAACUUUGGCACUAGUGAGUGAAUGGCUUUUGACUUGAGAUUAUUUUUUUACAGUUUGAUGUACUGCUUGAAGUGCCUUUAACCCACUGGUGGAGCUCAGUAAAGAGCACACUUUAUGGAGAGUUUGUUUGGUUUUUGCAACUUGACUGCAUUUUUGAGCAACUUGGCCCAGUAUGCAGAGAUGAUCCUAAUGGCCAUUUAUUUGAUUGAAGAUAAUUAUAUUUAGUCACAAAACUGUUAUGUUGUGUGAAAUAUAAAUGGUAAAAAUAUUGAUAUACCUCCUGUUUUGCCUUUUGUCCAGAUACAAUUUGCAUGUUUGCAAACUUGCUGUAAUAACAUUUGAUUAACAUUAUUUAUAACUUGACUGGAUGAAAGAAAUUGUGUGUGUAAUGUUUCCUUCCAUAAUUGAAUGAAGUAUGACUUAUUUGUUCUCCCACAUGUAGAGCAGGUACAAAACUUACAAAUUUUGUGUACUUAAUAGGGAACUACUGUACAAGCAUGUAUGUUAGUUUUCAUGCUUAAAAUGUGAUCACAUCCUCCUCCUGUAAUAAAUUUUUUUUUUGUAAUCUGAGUUUUUUGUUGUUUUUUUUAAACUAGUCUGCAGCAAUCCUUGAGGGUUCCAGUGAAUCAGUUGUAUCCUGUAAUACAACUGAGUGAGCUUUUCCUAAGCUCAUUACAUUCCAAGCUGCUAAAGGUGUGAGCUGUAACCUAGCUUGUAAAAAGGUUCAUUAUGUCUCCUAAUACAGUGCCUAGAAAACUACUAGUAUACCUUGAUCUUUUCGACAAUGUCUUAUAACAACCACAAAUUCUAAUGUAUUUUUGAGAGGAUUUAUUUUUUGGGUGAUAAACCCCAUAAGCUAGUGCACAACUGCAAUAAGACUUAAGGUACUGUUUUCAAAAAUAAUAGUUUAACAUCACUAUUUUCGACUUAAAAAAAUUUCAAUUUACUAGUAGGCGUAGAUGAAAAGAUUGGCAACCGUCGUAACAUUCGUGUAUUCAUCCUAUACAAUUAACUGAAAGAGAUGUUCAGAAUAAUAAGAGUUUGAGUAGAGUCAACCAUGUUGUUGCAGUCCGCUGGACAAUAAUCCAAUGCAAGGACAAUAAGGUCAACAUUAAACAUGUUUCUGAGGCAAAACCCAAUAAAUUUCAAGGAACUGUCCAGAAAAAAAUGUCUCAUUGUUCACAAAGCAUGUAGUUAUACAAUUACAUGCUACUUCAGAGAUUUACGUUCAAACGUUUUUUUUUUGUAAAGACAAUCCAGUUUUAUUUUAAAAGGAGCCGGAAAUGGCGUCAUUGGCCACAGAACGUUAUAAAAGGUUGCUGUUGUUAGGCGGUGUGGACAGAAACGGCUCGUUGUUUGGGGGCGCGCUUCAGCGUUACUUUAUUUACUUUCCCCUCCUGGUUCGUUAGACUCAUUAAACGGGUUUCAAAUUUCUGACUGUAAAAUGAGCGACAACGAGAAGGAUUUUAGGGAGCAGGUGAGUUUUAUUAAUGAAAGAAUAUUGAGUUACUUCGGUUAAGAUAUAAACGGCUAGCUAGCUUAUCCGUUUCCAGCCGUUGGACUUCUGAAAAGGUUUGCUAGACGACAGGUUUACGGUCUCUUAGCACUGAUGUCUGCACAAGUGUUGUAUGUUUUAUUAGUGUUUAUAUACGAAUAAGUAUGGAUAGUUGCAUCACAUUACAGAAUACAAUUAGAUUAGCCAAGCAUGCUAGGCUAAACCAUGCGGCCUGUGCAGAUCAGGAAACAUGGUUCCUACCUUCAUUUUAUCACAUUUGGUCUUUAAUUACCGAGUUAUGCAAUGAAUUACGAGUAUUAAAGUAACUACUGUAUGUGCACUGUGAUUCUCGUUUAUUUAAAAUUCAACGUUCAAUUAUAAGCCAACUUGUCGAGCCUUUAAUUUAUUUUCUUUCGUGUUUGUUUUUUUCUUUAUACCAUUUGGUUGAAACAAAAACCAACUUGCCUUAUCACCCUUG